GUCAUGUGACUGGAGGUUAUGGUGUAAAACCAGGAAGCAAAAUGAGUUUUUUAAAGAGCAUAAAAAGCACUUUUAAAACAGCUCAAGAAGAUUUUACAGAGGGGUUAAGGGCUCUUUCCUUGGUCCCAGACAAAACCCUACAAAAGCAGCAUCCACAACGAGGACGAACAUUAUCACAGCCUAGAAUCAAUUUUGAUGCCGGAGCAGAAUUACUGUGCAGAAAUGAAGAAAUAUGGAAAGAACUGUACCAGUAUACCGACACCACUGCAAAGCAAGCCCAGGUUGUAGACAGUCAGCUAUCGGGCCUAGCCUCCAAGUGUGAUAAGCAAACAGAGGUUGUGUUGCGGUUUGACGAAGAAGCAUCCAAACUUCCCAUGUUGUUACAACAGCUACAAGAUAUCACCGACUCACUAGCCCAGGUUGAUGAAGCAUGUGACAUGGUAGAGUCUGCCCUUGUUCAGCUGGAGAAUAUUUGUGAGGAGCAGGAAUUUCAGAGAAAUGUGACCUCACAUCACCAACAGCUUUCCGUCUACAAGAUGAAGAAAGAGCAUGAACUUCAGAGAUACAGAGUCCAGCUUGCCCGAAGCCAUGCAGCCAAAAUUGAGGAACAACAAAAAAAGAAACAAGUGUUACUAAAGGAAAGACAAGAAGCGUAUGGAGAGCAGUUUGCCCAGGAUGUUGACUUCUUCAAGAAACAUGGAAAGCCUGGCCGAUUACCGAGUACCUCAGAAAGUGAAAAGCAACUGGACAUAGCUGACAUAGAGAUUGAGGAUGACCCUGAGGCCUUGGAUGAGUUCCUAGCGAGCACUGCCAGUGACACAGAGCUGUCAGAAGCCAAAGAUGCAUCUGAAUCUGACCUUGUAAGUGAUACAGAUGCUCCAAGUGCACAAAUAAUUUCAGACAUUACCUCCCCUGAUAUUGAAAAUUCAACAUUUGAAGUUGGCUCCCUUGCCAAAGACUCUUCUGAAACCUCUGAAGUUACCGCCCCUGCAGAGAGUGUUAGUAGCUCUUCAAACGAAGGUCAAGAUGGUGGUGCUCACAAAAACAAGACUGUUGAGCUAACAGAAGAUGCCAUUUCAAAAGAUAAGCAGAGUGAAACUGCAGAAAAGAGAGAUGAUGAUGGUAAAGAGAUGGAAGGUCCUGAAGAGAGUGAAAAUGCAGAAAAGAAUGAUGAUGAGAUGGAAGGUGCUCAAGAGAGUGGAAAAGCUACAAGUCCUGAUGAAGAUGUUAAAGAAGAGAUGGAGGGUGCUACAGAUAAACAGAGUGAAAACAAUGAAAUGCCGAGUGAUGCAGUGAAAGACACCAAGAGUGACACAUAAUGGACUCUUUUUUAACUGUUUUGGAAAACACACAAACACCGAGAUUAUAAGCAAUACAUUCCAGAAAAAGGUUAUUUUUGAAGUGCAAGUAAUUUGCAUAUAGUGGUUUUAUGUUUUGUGCAGCCAAUUAUUUUUUAGUUUUUAUUAUACUGUCAUAAUGAAACUUGGUGACAAUGUUUGUGGGCAUCAUGUCUCAGAAAAGUUUAUUUAAGAAUUAAAUUGAAUCAGAUGAUACACAUGAUUUAUUUUGAAACACUGUUUUAAAAAAAAAACACUCACAAAAUCACAAAAUCUAUUGACUGCAAUUAAAACAUACAUUCCAGUAAAAGGUUAUUAAUUGAUGUGGACGUGAGCAAUAUUUAUGCAGUUUGGCCAAGCAUUGUCAAGACUCAUGGGUUGUGGGUAUAUAGUUUUAUAUUAUGAUAAAAUAGAAUGUAUGGAUGUAUGAAAAUUGUCUCAUUUCUUAUGUUAAGUCACUUCGUUACUUUGAUCACGCAAUAUUCAUUUAAGUAUAAUUACAUAAGAAUAAGAAGUUCAAAUAUGUAAAAGUUCAUGUAGCAAACAUUAAAACUCAAAGAAUUCAGAAGCCCAUUGUAUAAAACUGGGUAUUUCUUUGGUUUGGUUAAAGUUAGCCAAACUUUUUAUUGAUUGGUCAAUAUUUAUGUAAUAAUCACUGCUGACCAAUCAAAUUGCUUUCAUGUGCAAACAAGCCAAAAGAUAACCUGUGGAUAACUUAUGCAUGGUCAAUAUUUAUCCAAUUUUUACUGUUGACCAAUCAAAUUGCUUUCAUGUGCAAACAAGCUAAAAGUUAACCUGCGGAUAUAACUUAUCCAGUUGUAUGCAAUUGUCUGGUCUGUUUAUUUAAUAAAUGUGCUUAGACUGCUUUCCCUGUCAAACGCACAUCAUUGUAAAUAUGGAGCCAGUCAAGAGUAAAAUGAAUUGUGAAAAUGUCCAAAGCAGAAUCUUUACUUAUUCAACGUGUCACAAUGUGAAUUUAAAGUGCGUAAAACUUGGUAUAAUUUGCUGCUUGUGCCAUAGACAGAUGUUACAUGAUACAUGUAAGUUUUUAUUUAUUCACCAGAGGAUAUAUUUGUCUUUCUGUCUGAUUAUAUUGCCUACAGUACAUCAUAAACACCAGUAGCACAUGAAUGAAAGUUUUGUAAAUCAAUACAGCAUAAACACCACUAGCACAUAAAUGGAUGCUUUGUCAUAAAACUAUGCAAUAUUGAAGAGUUUAAAACUAUUAAAAUGUAAUGUAUAG